UGAAAACGUAUUGUUUGAAUAGUUUUGUUAACAUUUGAUCCAAAAAAUGCUUUUUUCAAGACAUGAAUCAAUAUUGAGAUCAAUUUAGUGGUCAAACAUCUGGACGAAGAGAUAUACUUGAGUGGAUCCGAUGGCAGACAAUCUGUUGAUAUUGAAAGGCUCUAAAGGGCUGUCUAUAGUAAGCGGUGACAAACCGUACGGCGAGUUGAAGUCAUUGAGCGCUUCCAAUAACGUGCGGUCCAUCGAUGUGUCCACUGAUGGCAAGUAUCUGGCCUUCGCUGACAACAACUUUGUGAAAGUGGUAGCGCUUCCCGCGUGCGAUACUGUCUUCGAGAAGACUGGAGUUAACGUGAAUUUUGUGAAGUUAUCGCCGAAGAGCACAGUAUUGGCGACUUGGCAUCACUUCACCGCUUCCAACACUCUUAACCUCAAUCUCUACGAUAUCUCCACUCAAACACAUCUCAUUGGAUGGCCGCAGAAGAAGCCGAGCCGUUGGUGUCCGCAGUGGACGGACGACGAGACGGUUUGUGUCCGCCAUAUAAACAUGGAAUUGAAUUUCUAUGAAAACAAUCGCUACGAGAGAUUCACACAGAGGAUGUGCGCCCAGAAAGUGGCCAACUAUUCAAUGGUGACAAACAGCCAAACGGGCUGUCAUUACGUGGCCUGUUAUACAGUGGGCGUGAAAGGACAGCCAAGUUUUGUCCGCAUAUAUCAAUUCCCACGCUUUGACGGCGUGGCCAUCGCUAACAAGAGUUUCUAUAAAGCGGAUACUGUGGACUUCAAGUGGAACCACAGGGGUGACUCUCUUCUGUUGGUUUGCUCUACAGAUGUGGACCAAACCGGUAAAAGCUAUUACGGACAGCAGACUCUUCACUACUUGGAUAUUACGGGUCAGACAUUUAUAGUGAGCCUUAAAAAGGACGGACCCAUCCAUAACACGGCUUGGGUUCCGGGCAAUAGUACUUUGUUUUGUGUGAUCUAUGGCUUUAUGCCGGCGAAGACUUCUCUCUUCAAUAAUAAGUCGGAAACUGUGUUUGAAUUUGGAGAAGAGAUGCAGAAUAUAAUAUCGUUCAAUAGAUUCGGCAAUUUAGUAGUGUUGGCAGGUUUUGGUAAUCUUAGGGGUGGUGUUCAGGUCUGGGAUAUGAAGCAAAAAAAGCUUAUUUCUCACUUCAAAGCCCCCGACACUACACUUGUUGAUUGGGCUCCCGAUGGACGGCAUAUCAUGACCGCCACUACAGCGCCCAGACUUCGUGUUGGCAAUGGAUUUCGCAUUUGGACUUACAAUGGUAUCCGAGAACACGAGAAUAUUUUCGAUACAAAUACAGAAUUGAACGAAAUUAUGUGGCGUCCGUCCCUUGCGUUCACUGAACCAAUCAUUGAAAUACCGAAAGCAAAUGCUGUCCCAAAGCCCGCCGAACCCAAGAAGUAUAUACCACCGCAUCUGAGAAAGACAUCCACCAAUCCCUCUGCCAAUAGUACUAAGACAUCGACUCCUAAUCCAAACCCUUUGUCAGAAAGCGAGAAAAAGAUGAAAAAUGUGGAGAAAAAAUUGAAGCAAAUCAAUGAUUUGAAAGAAUUGAUGGCUUCCGGCAAAACUCUGGAGAAGAAUCAGAUGGAAAAGAUCACUAAAGAACAAGAAUUAUUGGAUGAGUUACGAGAAUUGAGCAUUCAUUCAUAAUUUGUAUUAAAUUUUUAAUGUUUUUAUAAUUAAAUUUUAAAGCAUUAAAUUGUUAAAUAAAUGUCAUUUUUAAGUCAAUUGUUAUAAUGACUGUAUUUGGGAUGUA